CCAUAUAAGCCCUCACUUACCAUACACAAAUCUAAGACUGCUGCAUAAGAGAUGAUGUUUCUGUGAGUUCUGGCAGUAUGAGACCUGUUCCAACCAAAGAUCUAUUUGUCUGCAGGUUUUGGUGCUGUUGGCCCAUCCCUUCAAGUAUUUUCUUAUUGUCUCUUCUCACCUUCUCCGUGGCUUCCCUUCAGCAACCCACCACUGCCGCCGCCCCCAGUACUACUAUCCAUCCACCGACAGCUAUUCCUUUAAAACACCACCACUCUCUCUUUGACCAUAGAUUCGCCAUACCUCUCACUGCUUCUCUACUGCUUCUUCUCUUGCUUGUCAUCAUCAUGGGCUGCUUUCUCGGACUCAGAUUCAGACACAAAAGACUUGCCAAGAAGGUUGAUGCUGCUUCAAAUGGGAGUAAUGAUCUUGAUCCUAAAAAGGAAAAGGAUUCUGAUCAUGGUACUCAUGGUUGUGUAAGGAAAUACAACUGGAGUGAGAUAGAGAAACUGUCAAUGAAUUUCUCUCAGAUUGUUGGAUCAGGAGGGUUUAGCACGGUGUACUUGGGCCACUUGCCUGGUUCCAAUCUUGGGGCGAUCAAGAUUCACUGCCCGAGUGACUAUCUCAAUAGAGUCUUCAAGCAAGAACUAGACAUACUACUUCAACUCCAACAUGACAACAUUGUCAAGCUCCUAGGAUACUGUGAUGUUCAAGAUGAAGGUGCUUUGGUAUUUGAGUAUGUUUCCAAUGGAACCUUGCAAGAUAAACUCCAUGGUGGGGAAAGAGAAAUUAAGAAAUCAUCAAGUAGUUCAGUGAUUUCAUGGAGAAAUAGAAUGGAAAUAGCCUACCAACUUGCUCAAGCUCUUGAAUAUCUACAUGAAAAAUGUCCUCUCCAAAUCGUACACGGUGACAUCAAGCCUUCAAACAUUUUACUCGACGAGCAACUGAAUUGCAAGCUAUGUGAUUUUGGGUUUGCAAAGAUGGGAUUUUCUUCCACGAUAAUGACUUCCAACAAUAGGAAGCAAGUGAUGAUGGGCUCUCCGGGUUACACAGAUCCACACUACCUCAGAACAGGAAUAGCAUCAAAAAAGAACGAUGUGUACAGCUAUGGAGUCAUAAUUUUGGAACUUGUGACAGGAAUGGAGGCGUUUUGCGAGGAAAGAGAGCAAGGCCAGCUACUGUCAUCAAUAAUGGGACCCAUUUUGAAGGACAUAAUUGCCAGUGAUAAUGAAUGCAAAGCGAUGAAGGAGGCAGAAAUGGUGGAUCCAAGAUUGGGAGAAGACUUUGAAGUCAAGGAAGUCAAGGUUAUGCUUUCCCUCGCAGCUCUUUGCCUUGGACAGUCUCCAAGUCUUAGGCCAUCUGCAACACAAAUCUUGCAUACUAUCAAGGAGAAUAUAGCCUCCAUUUCCUUCAUCUCCACACAGAAAAAAGAUUUGUCAAAUUGAUGAUAUUAGGUGUAGAAACUGUUUGCUAGGAAUUACAGGGAUGAUUUGAUUGUAUCAAUCGGUGUAAAUGACAUACACAUACAACCUUUUUUU